AUGCUGAAAGCCGGCAGCAUGGAUUUUGUGGGGCAGAAACAGGCGUUCAACAUGCAGUUCUACUUCAUUUGGACCUCAGGUGUGAUAGGGUAUAUUCACGGCUUCGUUGCGCAGAGGUUUCUGUACACAUUUCUGUGGAUAUUUGGCACAACAGUGUUCGUGACGCUGAUGUGCCUGCCACCGUGGCCGAUGUGGAACCGGCAUCCGGUGGCAUGGCUCGAGCCCAAAGAGCGCGACGAGGAUGACGAGCCGAAGCCCAAAAAGGACACCAGCAAAGAUGCCAAGAAAGGCGGAAAGAGCAAAAAGAAAAAUUAG